AUGUCUGGAAUGACCCCUGUCACCACCGCCGGUGCCUGCCCUCCUGCCGGCCCCUACUCCCAGGCCAUCCGCGCCAACGGCCAGAUCUUCGUCUCGGGCCAGAUCCCCGCCGACGCAUCCGGAAACCUCGUCUCGGGCAACAUCGGCGAGCUCACCCAGGCCUGCUGCAACAACAUCAAGGCCAUCGUUGAGGCGGCCGGAUCCAGCGUGAGCAAGAUCGUCAAGGUCAACGUCUUCCUGACGGAUAUGGCCAACUUUGCCGAGAUGAACGCUACCUAUGAGAAGUUCUUCGUCCACAAGCCCGCGCGUAGCUGUGUCGCUGUUGCGCAGCUGCCUAAGGGUGUGCCUGUUGAGAUUGAGUGCAUUGCUCUUGAGUAG